CGCCGCAUCAGUCGCCCUCGCCGCCUCCGCUGCCGCCGCCGCCGCAGCAGCUCAGAGCGUCCGCAACACCGCCACCGCGUCCACCAGCAGCGCCACCACCAUGCGGGAGAUCGUGCACCUGCAAGCCGGCCAGUGCGGCAACCAGAUCGGGGCCAAGUUUUGGGAGGUGAUCAGUGAUGAACAUGGCAUCGACCCCACCGGCGCAUACCAUGGGGACAGUGACCUGCAACUGGAAAGGAUCAAUGUCUACUACAAUGAGGCCACAGGAGGGAACUACGUGCCCCGAGCCGUGCUGGUGGACCUGGAGCCUGGCACCAUGGACUCCGUCCGCUCGGGCCCCUUUGGCCAGAUAUUUCGGCCAGACAACUUUGUGUUUGGCCAGUCGGGAGCCGGCAACAACUGGGCCAAGGGCCACUACACCGAGGGCGCCGAGCUGGUGGACGCCGUCCUGGACGUGGUGCGCAAGGAGGCGGAGAGCUGUGACUGCCUGCAGGGCUUCCAGCUGACCCACUCGCUGGGCGGCGGCACAGGCUCGGGCAUGGGCACGCUGCUCAUCAGCAAGAUCCGCGAGGAGUUCCCGGACCGCAUCAUGAACACGUUCAGCGUGGUGCCCUCGCCCAAGGUGUCGGACACGGUGGUGGAGCCCUACAACGCCACGCUGUCGGUGCACCAGCUGGUGGAGAACACGGACGAGACCUACUGCAUCGACAACGAGGCGCUCUACGACAUCUGCUUCCGCACCCUCAAGCUGACCACGCCCACCUACGGGGACCUCAACCACCUGGUGUCGGCCACCAUGAGCGGGGUCACCACCUGCCUGCGCUUCCCGGGCCAGCUCAACGCCGACCUGCGCAAGCUGGCCGUGAACAUGGUGCCCUUCCCGCGCCUGCACUUCUUCAUGCCGGGCUUCGCGCCGCUGACCAGCCGGGGCAGCCAGCAGUACCGCGCGCUGACCGUGCCCGAGCUCACCCAGCAGAUGUUCGACGCCAAGAACAUGAUGGCCGCGUGCGACCCGCGCCACGGCCGCUACCUGACCGUGGCCGCCGUGUUCCGGGGCCGCAUGUCCAUGAAGGAGGUGGACGAGCAGAUGCUGAGCGUCCAGAGCAAGAACAGCAGCUACUUCGUGGAGUGGAUCCCCAACAACGUGAAGACGGCCGUGUGCGACAUCCCGCCCCGCGGCCUCAAGAUGGCGGCCACCUUCAUCGGCAACAGCACGGCCAUCCAGGAGCUGUUCAAGCGCAUCUCGGAGCAGUUCACGGCCAUGUUCCGGCGCAAGGCCUUCCUGCACUGGUACACGGGCGAGGGCAUGGACGAGAUGGAGUUCACAGAGGCCGAGAGCAACAUGAACGACCUGGUGUCCGAGUACCAGCAGUACCAGGACGCCACCGCGGAGGAGGGCGAGUUCGAGGAGGAGGCCGAGGAGGAAGUGGCCUAGGACCCCUGCGUUUACCUCCCGUCUCCCCACACCCCCAGCCAGGCCUCUGACCGCUGACCUUGGCCUCCUCUGCAACCCCAAGAACCUCAUGACCUCCCCACCCAGCCUGACCCCAGGACCCCACCAUCCAUCGUCACUCUGCCUUGACCCUAACCAUACUGCGGAGUUCACAUCACCUCUGGUCACCUCGUCUGCGACCCUAGCCCAGCUCUGACCUGGAACCCUACCUUAUCUCCAAACCCCCAUGGACAUCUUCCAACUUGGACAUCUCCCUAAGCCUUGCUUCACCUUUUCUAGCCCUUCAACGUGCACCCCCCCCCUUAUUAGCCCUCCUUUAUCCCAACUCCCUCACCUUUGACACCCCCAAGCCCCAUAAGCCCUGGUUUGCUCUUGACCCCUCGCUCCGAGCCAAGCCUCAUCUUUGACCUCAGGAACCCCUGCUCCCCUCUCACCGCCUUCUCUCUGGUUCUCAUCAGCUCCCAUUCCCUCCCUGACUUCUCUCCCUGGGCACCUCCUACCUUGGCUUCCCUGGGAGCACUGUCAGGGAGCACUCCCGACUACCCCUCC